AUGUUGUCAUCCUACCACAUGCAAAAUGCACGCAUCCCUACUUUCAAGGGGAAGAGCCGUGGAGAAUAUUGGGACUACAUGAAUAGCUUCAAGAGAUAUGUGGGAACCUCCACUGCCCCAGAUUCGCAGAAACUUCAAAUGUUAAUCCACUCGUGUUCAAGUAAUAUUCGGAAUGUUCUGAACCCAUUCACCAGGAUGAAGUCCUCUGAGGGCUAUAGAAAGGCCCUGAGUACCCUGAAGGACCGGUAUGGUGAUGAGGACGCCCAUAUCGAAGAGUUAUUGAUGAACCUGAUCAACGGACCACCUGUCAAAAUAACCAACGGCGAGGGCCUGCAGGACUUGGCCGACGAACUUCAGGCGUGCAUUUGCAGCUUCGAGUCCAUGGACUCACAAGAUACCCUCGAGCAUCUCCUCGUAAGAAAAGGCAUAAUUGAAAGGCUUCCUGGUCGUUUACAUGAAGGUAUGAGAUUGCAGUCCUCGAUCACCCUCCAAAGAGAUAUGGCCAUAUGA